AUGAGUGAGACGAGCCAUUCUGCUCCUCCAUCUACUGAAUCAGCCGGAUUCGAAAAAGGUUUCGAUAAAGAACAAGGAGAGUUCGAACCGAAACCAAUGGCUGAAGAUAGCGACAUUGAGAACAGUGGUGCUGCUGCACCCCAAAAAUUUUAUGGUGGUGACCGAGAUGUAGAGAGUCAGCGUAGGCUAUCCAGAACUAGUACCAAUAUUUCUGAAGAAGCUAAUGUCGAGACUGAUUAUAUUGCACGAGUGUUGACUGGAGGAUCAAGAAGGUCCAAUAGACCCACUCCAAACAUGGGUGGUGGAAAGGACUAUCCUCCACUUCUUAAUUAUGAUAAAGAUCUGUACAAAGUUGAGUUUGACGGUCCUGACGACCCAAUGCAUCCUCACAACUGGCCUUUGAAAAAGAAGCUUCCCAUUUGUGCUGCAUUAGGAUUCACUACUUUCACAGUGGCAUGGGGUUCUGCUAUAUUUGCAUCUGCUGUUGAAGUCGUCGCUGCAAAGUACCAUGUCAGUGUGACAGUGGGAAUUCUCUGUGUUUCCUUAUAUGUCAUGGGUUUCGCUUCGGGCCCCAUUCUCUGGGCUCCUCUUUCUGAAGUCUACGGACGAAAGAUACCUAGUGUUAUUUCUAUUUUCGGUUUCAUGUUGUUCAGUUUUGCCGCUGCUACAUCCAAGGAUUUUCAGACAUUGAUUUUAUGUAGAUUCUUUGGCGGGUUCUUUGGAGCUGCUCCUUUGGCCGUUGUUGCUGCUGCUUUUGCUGAUAUGUUUGGUAAUGAGAUGAGAGGUACUGCUAUUAGUAUUUUCUCAUUGAUGGUUUUCUGUGGUCCUUUGUUGGCUCCAGUUGUCGGUGGUUUCAUCGUGAAUUCGUAUUUGGGCUGGAGAUGGACUGAGUAUAUUACUGGUAUCAUGGCUGCCGUGGCCCUGCUUUCAUGUGUCUUUUUGUAUGAGGAGACUUACCACCCUAUGAUUCUUGUUCAAAAGGCAAAGCUUAUUAGAAAAGCAACUGGCAAUCAGCUUGUAUAUGCGCCACACGAACAAGUGGAAAUCGACAUGGCUGAGUUGGUCACCAAGAACCUUACCAGACCUAUUGUGAUGACGGUGACUGAACCCAUUAUCUUCCUUAUCUCGUUAUACACUGCCUUCAUUUACGGUAUUUUGUAUCUAUGUUUGGAGGCCUACCCAAUCAUUUUCAGUGGCUACAAAAUGAAGGGUGGAAUUGUCGAACUUCCAUAUCUUGGACUUCUUGUUGGAUGUGUUGUUGGUGGCUUCGUAAUUGCCCUGUUUUUUGAACCCCAGUAUAAUAAGAAACUUGCUGCUAAUAAUGGCAAGCCCGUUCCUGAGGCUAGAUUACCUCCUAUGAUUGCUGGAGGAAUUGCUUUCCCUAUUGGAAUUUUCUGGUUGACUUGGACUGGUAACUACCCUGAGUCCGUUCACUGGGCUGCUCCUGCCGUAUCAGGACUUUUCACUGGCUUCGGCUUGAUUUGCGUGUUCCUUCCCGCUAUUAAUUACAUUGUCGAUUCAUACCUGUUUUUUGCAGCAUCUGCUUUGGCAGGAAACACUUUCAUGCGUUCAUCUUUCGGUGCCGCUUUCCCACUGUUCGCUAUCCAAAUGUUCCACAACUUGGGUAUCAACUGGGCCGGUACUUUGAUUGGAUGUCUUGCUGUGGUCCUCAUUCCAGUACCAGUCCUCUUCUACAUCUACGGAAAGAAACUCAGACAGAAGAGUAAGUUCGCCUUCGAUCUCUAG